CGAAGGUAAAGUCAACUUUAAAUUGCGGGCGUGCAGGCUCACCCAAAAUUCAGGCAGCAUUUCUAUGAAGUUUAUUUUAAAACCACUAAAAGUACGAAUAUUUUAGUUUUCUCCGAGCUUUUCCCUUAACAAAAUAAGUUUUGCUUUUGCAGAAGAGCUAUUAAUGGUCUUUGGAUUAUAUAGAUUGAAUCUCAGUACCAAAAAUGAUGCAACGUAAUACCCUACAGUCUGCACAGAGUUUUGUGCACGGUGGAUGGGAAAUCUGAAAACAUUAUUCAGCAUGAUAAAAUGAAUCUUUUUCAUACCAAACACUUUUAUUUAGUUGCAGAAAAUAUCGAUGUUUUUGUAAUAUAAAGUAACUUGACUUCUCAGAAGCAAAGCUCUCCCCCCCCCGGACGGCAGGUGUUCUGCGGCGCUGGCUCAAAGACCGCAUGCUCGGUUGUGAGAUAAUUUCAAAAUGGAGUUUCUACUCGGAGUUCAAGGAAAAGAUUUUGUGAUGAUUGCAAGCGAUUGUAAUCAAGGACGAAGUAUUGUUCGUAUGAAAGAUGAUUAUGAUAAGAUGUUUAAACUAAGUGAUCAGUUGGUGAUGUUGGUAACUGGAGAAUCAGGUGAUACAGUACAGUUUGCAGAGCACAUGAAGAAGAAAAUUCAACUGUAUAAGAUGAGGAAUGGAUAUGAAUUAUCACCACAUGCAGCAGCUAAUUUCACAAGAAAAGAGCUUGCAGAUUACCUCCGUAGCAUGACUCCGUAUCAAGUAAACUUACUGUUGGCUGGUUAUGACAAGCAUUCAGGACCUGAAUUAUAUUUCAUGGAUUAUUUGGCAUCGCAACAAAAAGUACCAUUUGCUGCUCAUGGUUAUGGGGCAUUUUUCAUCAUGGGAAUUUUAGACAGAUAUUAUAAGAAAGAUAUGUCGAUUGAAGAAGCUCAAAAUGUCAUUAAAAAGUGCAUUGCAGAGAUCCAAAAAAGAUUCCUUAUAAACAUGCCAAGUUUUAUAAUUCGCUACGUUGACGGAGAUGGCAUUCAUGAUCUUGAAAAACCAUCAACUGUUGAUCCAUUGUAAUAGAAAUAUUGAUGCAAACGUUCUUCACCACUCUGACGGAUUUAUGAUAACUGUAGCUGAGAAUAUGUACACACUAUGCUGUUUCCUUUCUAUUUCUGAUCGAAUUUGUGUUCUUACAAAACAAAAUGGAUAAAAACAAUAAUGUAUGUCUUUAAUGUUGGACUGUGAUGAAGGAUAAGAGUUCAAAUAGUUUAAAACGAUUGAAAACGACACUGUGUGCACAUAUUGCUGAGUAGAGCUACUUCAGUUGCAUGGUUACUGGUUAGCAUAUUUGUAUGACAAAUAAAAUCAAAAGUAUUAGCGUG